AUGAACCGAGUGCCCGCGACAAAUUUUCAACAUCUAAAGGACGAGCCCGAGUUGCUGCGUCGCUUUCGGGAGGAUCUUGGCCGGGACAAGCAUAAUCCAUUUAUACAAAUGUUGGCUGUUAGCGCCAUCACGCGCCCGUUCGGAUCGCCAACUCUUCAAAAACUCGCCGCGCGACUUGUUCUAGCAACUGUUGGACGAUUGGACGACGGUUACCUAUCUAAUCCGGCGGUGUACGCUUGCCAAGUGGAGACUGCUUCUGAAGAAGAAUUUCUAAAAAUGCUCGCCGAAUUUCUCAGUGGAAGGUUGCCUUUCAAGACCUCGUUCGACGACUAUGCAUUGCUGACGUUGACGGUGUUCAUUCAACGGGCUGCAAAAUCCAAGAAGGUCCCGAGGACUUCGGUGUUGAGCCUUCUUUUCAUGACAAUAAGCAUAGCGCAGGUGCGCUCCGAAGAUUUGACGCAUCUUUUGAAGGGCUGCCUGAAGGCGUUGGUCUGUAGCGAUGAGGAAAAGCGAAAAUUAUUUUGCGAGCUUUUCACCGAGCUACCCCCAAGAACUGUAGCAAAAUAUUACUUGUUGGCUCAACUCCUUCCGUGCAUCAAGGAGGAGCAGUUCAUCGCAAUAGCUGACGAUUUGGAAAAAGAGCUGCUGUUUUGUGCGGAGGAUCAGAUGAUUUGCAGCGCUUCUUCAUGUCUAAUCUCGGCCUUGACUGCUGAGCGCCUGGCGUUUGUCGACUGCAUAAUUUGCCGAUUUUUGAUGCAAAACUCUACUGCCAUUCGUACGAAUGUCCUACGGUGCUGGGUGGCCCGGCUGGGAAAUCAGAAAAACGGGUUGGAGCUGUUCAGGAAGAUUAUCGAGUACGGGGAGUCGAUCUUGGGCGACGAGGCGAGGGAGAUUGCUGAGCUCUGGCCUCCUUCAACCGCAGAUGAGUACGAGAAUUUGAGCUGCAUCUCGGCUGAUUGGGCCUGGCGCGAAGCAGAAACGCCAACAACGUUGAGAGACCGAGCGAUGACUGCAAUGCUAGCGACAGCUCAUGUCGCUCUUCAGGAGCGGCUAAAAACGAAGAAUAAAGUCUGGGAUCCAUUGUUGAAAGUCGAGACUCUAAAACAGUCUCUGGUUUGGCCGCUAGAUUCAGUCAGGGCGCUCGGCUUUUCCCUGCUCGUUGCUAAUGACCAGCGCUGCAACAUGUUUGAAGGCUCAUUGGAUCAGCCAACGGCCACGCUAGCCUUUAUCCACGAAAAUCUGACGACCCAGAACUCGGCGCUGGAAGACGCGAUUCGAGCUCAAAUUAAAAAGCUUUUCCUCGAUUUGUCGAUUCCGGAAGAGGAGGGGUGGAAGGAGUCGAAAAUCAGUGGUACUUUCAAGAUUGCCAAUCAGCAGGAGCUUGAUAAGGUUUUCGAGGAGACUGAAAAGCUUUUUGACAAGUCCGGCUCACGUUCCGAGGAGCAUUGCCCCCAAUUCUCGGAGCUGGCCACGAAUUUGCAGCAGCACGGGCUGACGGUGGAUUCGUUUUCGAAGGAAGUUCAGACUCGAUUAAAGUCCGCCGCUGCCGCGAUGUCGGCCAACGAGGCUUUGGGAACCUCCAGGAACAUAGAGCGCUUAUGGAAAGCGGUGCUGCGGACUCGCGAAAAGUCGAUUGUCGAUCAUGGCACCGAAUUGUUUGCCCCACUCUUUCUAAAAGACCGUCGCGUGAUUGAGCCGAUUUUUGUGAAGACCAUCAAGCUUGUGGUAUCGCCGAUUUCAUCUACGAGAACUCUCGCCUUGUCGAAAAGCCUGUGGGCGUGCUGUCAAAUCUCAGUCUACAAUUUUGUGAAGCUUUGGGACCAAUUUGAGGCAAUUUUACGCGACUGCUUCACCUACAACCCCGUCAUUUCUGCUCGAGUUUUAAAAAUAACAAAGUACUUCAUGUCACGCGAGCUUUGCCCAUGGUCAAAAGAUCGACCUGCUCUCGUCUUUUUGUUCAAGACCUGCCUGUCCGUUGCCGGGAAGGCGGAGGAUUUUCUGACAAGAAGCGCGGCGCGAAUUUUGUUUGGUUUUGUCGCAAAUCUCAUCUGGGAUCGCCGGGAGACUUGUUUCUACUACGAAUUGCUAGUGGACGAUUGGAAAGAUGUGGUGAAAAUGGCAAUGGAGUGCUUUUCCAGCGAGGAGCCAUUCUCUACCGAAUAUCGGCUUCUCGUGUUGUCUUUUCUAUGCAAGUAUCGGCUCGGAACUCGAUCUUGCUAUGGGAAAACGGAAUUAAGGAUUUGCGAAAAGCUGACCGAACUCUUAUUGGCCGCCCUGCCAAAGGCUGAAGAUAUUCGGGAAUCUCGCCUUAUUCUGGACUGUGUCGCGGCCUUGGUUCCGUAUUCGGAGGUUCACAACCUGCAAAAUAAGCUGAACGUCGCACCAAAAGAAGAGGGUUUUUACGAGCGUCAGAUACGGCUUUACCUCAAUGAUUCGUUGACAAGGCUGUGGAGCCCAAGCCUCGACUCGAGAUCGCCAUUCGAGCGCGAGCAGCGGAUUCCGACCGACAUUCUCCAGAGCCCCUACAUUCAAGUGGUGCUCGAAUUUGGCAAGAUUUUAGAGGAUAGUGACCAGGUGCAGAUCGAAAAUCACCUCGCCGGCACGAAAGCCGAAGCCACAAAGUCCGAGCUUCACCAGAACGCCUACAACUAUUGCCGACGAUUGUACGAGAAUAGAAAAAUGCUA